CAGCCCCGGCCUCCGCCACUACCCAAGCAUCCGUGAGUCAUUUUCUGCCAGUCUCCGAGCGCGCGGUUUCAGUGGUAGUCACCACAUUAAGAGGUUUCCAGGUUGCAAAAUGGCAGAAGCGGAUCUUAACAUGGUCUCAGAACCAGCCGCCCAAGGGGUUGCUGAAGAGAAGAUGGCUAGCUCGUCUAGUGAUUCUGGGGAAGAAUCUGACAGCAGUAGCUCUAGCAGCAGCACUAGUUGCAGCAGCAGCAGCAGCAGUAGCCGCAGCCGCUUAUAUAGAAAAAAGAGGGUAUCUGAACCUUCCAGAAGAGCACGGCGGUCUCCGUUGGGUAAAAGUUUCGUGGAUCGGCUGCCUCAAGCAGUUAGAAAUCGUGUGCAGGCGCUCAGAAAUAUUCAAGAUGAAUGUGACAAGGUAGACAUCCUGUUUUUAGAGGCAAUUCACGAUCUCGAAAGAAAAUAUGCCGAACUCAAUAAGCCUCUGUACGAUCGGCGAUUUCAAAUAAUCAAUGCAGAAUAUGAACCUGCAGAAGAAGAAUAUGAAUGGAAUUCAGAGGAUGAGGCGUUCAGCAGUGACGAGGAGGUGCAGGAAGACAUUAGUGAAAUGCCUGCCUUAGAGGGUGACGGAGAAGAUGUUGACCUUAAAGAAAAACCUGAGGUAAGCGCUGAAGAAAAAGAGGUUCGAAAAGAAAUUCCUGAGGCAAAGGCUGAAGAAAAUGCAGAGUCUAAAGAUUUUCUGGGGGUAAAGCCUGAAAUGAAAGAAGAGCCUAAGGCAGAAGAUAAAGAACAGCCUAAAGUAGCCGUGGCUAAAGCAAAGGCUGCUGGAAUAGAGGCUCCUAAAAGAAUUCCUGAGGUCAGGCCCAAAGAAAGAGCGAAUCUUAAAAGAGCUCAUAAAGGAAAGCCUAAAAAAGAAGAUCCUAAAGGCAUUCCUGACUACUGGCUGACUGUUUUAAAGAAUGUUGACAAGCUUGGGCCCAUGAUUCAGAAGUAUGAUGCCCCUAUUUUGAAAUUCUUGUCAGAUAUUAGCCUAAAGUUCUCGAAACCUGGCCAGCCUAUAAGCUACACGUUUGAAUUUUAUUUUCUACCCAAUCCAUACUUCAGAAAUGAGAUGCUGACCAAGACAUAUAUAAUAAAAUCAAAACCAGAUCACAAUGAUCCCUUCUUCUCUUGGGGAUGGGAAAUCCAAGAUUGCAGAGGCUGUAAGAUAGACUGGAAAAGAGGAAAGGAUGUUACCGUGACAACCACCCAGAGUCGCACAACGGCAACUGGAGAAAUUGAAAUUCAGCCAAGAGUGGUUCCUAAUGCAUCAUUCUUCAAUUUCUUUAGCCCUCCUGAGAUUCCUAAGAUUGGAAAGCUGGAACCACGAGAAGAUGCUAUACUGGGUGAGGACUUUGAAAUUGGUCAAAUUUUACAUGAUAAUGUCAUCCUGAAAUCAAUCUAUUACUAUACAGGAGAAGUCAAAGGUACCUAUGAUGAUGGUAAAGGUUAUGGAAACAGAAAAUAUCGAAAAUAAAAAAAGAGGCUGCCUGAAAGAAUUUUCAAGCCUCUCAAAACGUCAAGCAGCAGUGAAUCAGGUUUAUAUAGCCUCAGGCAAAAUGGGAGGACUGCUGUAUAACCUCAACACUAGCAUUUCUUACAGUCUUGUGUUUUCAUAUUUUCUUGGUAGUCUAAAAAAUUGUCUUUCAGUAUCCAAGUAUCAGUAUCUAGCCUGUUGCAGGGUAAUAUUCUUCAAAAUAUGUAAAUGCUGUCAGUUACCUAAAGCAUGCUCCUUUGGUGCUAUAGAGUUUUGUUUUUGCAAAGUCCUUUAGUUAUGUUCCUAUUAGAAUGUAGCUGUGAAAACUGUCAUGUCAAUUGAGACAAAUAUUUGCUUAAAAAAAAAAAGAGUCCUGAAAUACCAAUGCAAGUGUUUUUUUUUCUUUUCCCAGCCCAGAAAACUAAACGUUUAAAUCUGCUUGCACUAGCUGUGCCUUCAUUACUUUGCUAUAGAUAUACAGUACUUACAUUAACUAGAACAGCUGAACCAUGAAAUUUGACUGCUUGAAAAAAGAUUAGCAUAAAUUUAAGAAUGU